UAACAACGUCUCUCUAACACCAAAAACCCAAACCCCCAAAACAAACUCCAUUCCCAAAUCUUCCCUUUCACCUUCUCUCUCUGAUCCCUUGUAGCAAUUCUCUACUGCUGCUACUGAAAAUGCAGAAUCUUGAAGAAACAUUUUCUGGGUUUCUCAUAUCUUGCAGGUUUUGGCUAUGAAAGGCACGACUUGACCAUUUGUUUAUGGAGGGGAUUAGGGAAGGCACUGAACCCACUUCAAUGUGAGGGAAUAAAGCAGAGCUCCGACGAUAAUGUUGGCUGCCAUUCCCGAACCAGCUUCCACUGAAAACCCAAAAAGGCAUCCUCUUUUGCCUUCCUUAGAGAAAGAGCGAAAUGGGUCUGUACCAACAAGAAAACCUAGAGCUAAACAAGUCCCUUCCAGAUAUCUUUCACCUUCUCCUUCCACUUCCACUUCCUCCACUACCUCAACAACCACCACAACAACUUCUUCCUCUUCUUCUUUUUCGUCUUCUUCAAGAAGGUUUCCUUCUCCUCUUUUGUCACGGUCUACGAAUGCUGUACCUUCCCCAACAGCUUUCCCGAAGCGUUCCCAAUCGGUAGACCGGAGGCGGCCGGUCUCUGCGACGCGGCCGGUGACUUCUCAAGGCAAUGCGGGCGCAAAUGAAUUAUCUAAGGCGACGAAGAUGCUGGUCACUUCCAGCAGAAGCUUAUCUGUCUCGUUUCAAGGAGAGGCUUUUUCACUCCCGAUUAGCAAGGCCAAGACAGCUACAACCCCCAAUUCGAACAGGAAGCCCACCCCUGAGCGGCGCAGAGCGACCCCAGUGAGAGAUCAGACCGAGAAUUCGAAGCCCAUUGAAAAGCAACGGUGGCCUAGUAGGUCCCGAGAAAUAAAUUUAAGGACGAACAAUGUUUUGUCGAGGAGUUUGGAUUAUAGUGGAGAUAAGAGUAAGGUAAUUGGGUUUGGAUCUGGGUUGGUGGGUAAAUCUUUGCAGCAAUCAUUGAUUGAUGAGAGUAGUAGGAGGUUGAGCUUGGAUUUGGGUAAUGUCGAGCAAAACAAAGAUGGGAAUUUCGUGCAUGAAUCUGAUACUGAUAGUGUGUCCUCUGUUAGUGCCACUUCUUGUUUUCAAGAAUGCAAUGGCAAUGGGGUUUCGAAGGACAAGAAUGGUUCCUGUGGCAUCGUCGUUUCUUCUAGGUUUUGGCAGGAGACAAAUAGCCGCUUGCGACGGCUGCAGGACCCAGGAUCACCUUUGUCUACAAGCCCCAGUUCCAGGGUGGGUAUGCAAUCAAAGGUUAUUCAGUCCAAAAGGUUCAGUAGUGAAGGUCCACUGGCAUCUCCGCGGAAAAUAGCUUCUCCUGCUAUGGGAGCUACAAGACCUGCUUCCCCAAGUAAGCUUUGGGCUUCCUCAGCAUCUCCUUUGAGAGGGCUUAGUCCUGCUAGGGUGAGGAAUGCAGUCGGUGGAUUGUUGAAUGUUAAUUCUAUUAACACUCCUUCCAUUCUCAGUUUUUCGGUUGAUGUAAGGAGAGGGAAAAUAGGAGAGGAUAGAAUUAUAGAUGCACACCUGUUGCGGCUUUUGUAUAACCGUUACUUGCAAUGGAGGUUUGCAAAUGCAAGGACAGAUGCUACCUUCAUGGUGCAGAGACUGAAUGCAGAGAAAAUUUUGUGGAAUGCAUGGGUAACAACUUCCGAACUACGGCAUUCUGUGACUCUUAAAAGAUUCAAGUUAAUGUUGCUCCGGCAAAAGUUGAAGCUAGCUUCAAUUCUCAAGGAACAAAUAAACUAUCUAGAAGAAUGGGAUCUUCUAGAUAGAGAGCACUUUAGCUCUUUGCAAGGAGCAACCGAAGCUUUAAAGGCCACCACUCUUCGUCUUCCAGUCGUUGGAAAAACGACAGUAUGUGCCGCGGACAUCCAAGAUUUGAAGGAUGCUGUGGGUUCAGCAGUUGAUGUUAUGCAUGCAAUGGCAUCCUCUAUAUGCCCUCUAUCAUCAAAGGUGGAGGAUAUGAACACUUUAGUGUCCGAACUCGUGAAUACAACUGCGAAAGAAAAGGCUUUGCUUCAGCAAUGUAAAGAUUUCUUGGCCUCAUUAGCAGGCAUGCAGGUUAAGGAUUGUAGCUUGAAGACGCAUAUAAUACAACUGAACAGUGUACCAACUAUGAGCAAUCUGACAACACGUGUGUAGAACUGAUCUUACUUGACACAUUCACGCUAAAUGCUAACAUCAAUGCCCAGCCCUUUGUUUUUCCAACGGGUGGUGGCGCUCUGGAGGUAAUAAGAAUGGAUUUAUCAUAGCUAGCUUUGGUUUUGAAAAUUUGGCAGGUUACACCAUUCCACGACGUGUUUGGUAUGUGUAAGUUUUGAAGAUAACCGGAUGUGGCCCUGCCCGCUAGUUAGCUUUAUACAAGUUACUCUUCUCGCAUUUGCAUGGAAAUUUAAUGCAUGUAUAGUGUAAUGUGUUUUUUUUCCCAUGUUAACAUGUUGUAUUGCCAUGAGUGAUUGUCAUUGAAUCAUAUGAUGAGACCAAUGCAAUUGCUUUUCUCGAGUAUAUUUUGUUUAUAAA